AUGACUCUCGAGAACAACGCGGCGUUCCUCGACGGGCCACGACAACGUCUCAGAGUGGGACCCGCCAGCAUUGGGAAGCCUGGCCCCGGAGAGAUUCUGGUCAAAAACCAUGCCGUUGCAAUAAACCCAAUUGAUAUCCUAGUCCAAGAUCUGGGCCUGUUCAUUCAAAACUGGCCCGCAAUUCUUGGACAUGACAUCGCCGGAGAGGUGGUCGAAGUGGGCGAUGGAGUGACUGGGUUCGAGACUGGAGCACGCGUCACAGCACACGCCCUGGGGUUCAUAACCGGAAAGUCCGAGGGUUGGGGGUUCCAAACAUAUACCAUCAUCCCAGCACAUGCCGCAGCGGCUAUCCCACAAAGCUUGAGUUAUGAAGACGCUGCUGUAAUACCGAUGGCUUUCUCCACCGCCGUCGGAGGACUCUACCAAGAUGGCUUCCUGGGUUUGCGGCUUCCGCAGAACAGCCACGAGAAGACGGACCAGACUCUCCUAGUCUGGAGCGGCAGUUCGAGUGUGGGUAGUGCAGUCAUCCAGCUUGCCGCUGCCUCCGGGGUCAAUGUCAUUGCAACCGCGUCGCCAAGAAAUUUUGAAUACUGCAAAUCCAUUGGCGCAACGGAGGUAUUCGAUCAUGCUGAUGAGAAUAUCGUUGAAAAGCUGGCAGCCAGGCUGGAGCAGAGUAGCUUGGUCGGCGCUUUCGAUGCGUUCGGUGCGGAAGACAGCACUCGCAAGGUUGCUGGAAUUCUCUCACGAAUUGGAGGCGGUUUGAUCGCUACAGCAGGGCAACCACCAGCAGAGCUGCCGGAAGGUGUCACGGCCAAACAAAUGCUGGCAGGAUUGGUGCCAGACACAGAUGUCGGCAAAGCUCUCUGGAAGGAUUUUCUUCCGGCUGCGUUGGCGAGCGGCCAAUACAAACCUGCGCCCCGCGCAAAUGUCAUCGGCGAAGGGUUGGAUAGCAUUCAAAGUGGGAUUGACAGGUUGAAACAGGGAGUUUCUGCAAGCAAAAUCGUGGUCAAGUUGUAG